AUGGCUAUCUCCAAGAACCUACCAUUACUAAAGAACCAUUUCAGAAAGCACUGGCAAGAACGUGUCAAGGUCCACUUCAACCAAGCUGGUAAGAAAGCUUCUAGAAGAGACGCCAGAGUUGCUAAGGCUGCUAAGAUUGCCCCAAGACCAUUGGACCUACUAAGACCAGUUGUCAGAGCUCCAACCAUCAAGUACAACAGAAAGGUCAGAGCUGGUAGAGGUUUCACCUUCGGUGAAGUCAAGGCUGCCGGUCUAACCCCAGCUUACGCCAGAACCAUCGGUAUUGCUGUUGACCACAGACGUCAAAACAAAAACCAAGAAAUGUUCGAACUAAACGUCCAAAGAUUAAAGGAAUACCAAUCCAAGAUCAUCGUUUUCCCAAGAAACGGUAAGGUCCCAGAAACCGAACAAGUUCUAUCCACUGCUGCUGCUUUCCCAAUUGCUCAACCAGCUGUUGAAACUGAAACCAGAGCUGUUCAAGACAACGGUGAAUCUGCUUACAGAACUCUAAGAAUGGCCAGAUCUGAAAAGAGAUACAGGGGUAUCAGAGAAAAGAGAGCCAGAGAAAAGGCUGAAGCUGAAGCUGAAAAGAAGAAAUAA